GAAAUCCUCUCUUCCCUCCCCAGCUUUACAGUCUCCACUCAGGACUAUCUUUGCAGUGGAUGCUACUUAGUGAUUAGCUCUCUGUCUUGUCAGUCAAAUCUUUGUCUCCAGCAAACUGUUUUGUCACUGUAGUAGGGCUCUUGUGCUAGAAAUGUAUUUUUGACAGAGGAAGAAUGCUUUUUAAAACAGUUCUUAGGAGAUUUGAUGUAACUUAAUUUGCCCUGGAAAGGAAAUGUCUCGUUUCUGGUAUGGGAAAAAGGGGAGACGGCAUCAACCAAUUAAUCAAAAAUAUACUCUGAUUACUACAAGGGAAGAUAUAAAUUCAAAGCAGGUUACUCCAGUGAAAGCAGACCUGGAAUCUGAAUCUUUUCGACCAAACCUAAGUGAUCCCAGUGAACUCUUACUGCCAGAUCAAAUUGAAAAGCUUACCAAGCAUCUUCCACCAAGAACAAUUGGCUAUCCAUGGACUCUUGUUUAUGGUACUGGGAAGCAUGGUACAAGCUUGAAGACCCUUUAUCGAACAAUGACAGGUUUAGACACUCCAGUGCUGAUGGUGAUUAAAGACAGUGAUGGGCAGGUUUUUGGUGCAUUGGCAUCUGAGCCAUUUAAAGUAAGUGAUGGCUUUUAUGGUACUGGAGAGACCUUUGUUUUUACGUUCUGUCCACAAUUUGAGGUCUUUAAGUGGACAGGAGAUAAUAUGUUUUUUAUCAAAGGAGACAUGGAUUCACUAGCUUUUGGUGGUGGAGGGGGAGAAUUUGCCCUGUGGCUUGAUGGAGAUCUCUACCAUGGAAGAAGCCAUUCUUGUAAAACAUUUGGAAAUCAUACACUUUCUAAGAAGGAAGACUUCUUUAUCCAAGACAUUGAAAUCUGGGCUUUUGAAUGAAUAUAAUGCUCUCUCUCUUAGCAGGAUAAUGGCCCAAACCUGACAUGGACAAACAAGCAUUGUUUGGAAAGUUCAAGAAGCAAUACAAUGUAACAUGUAACUCAUACUUUAAAAAUAGUUCAUAUCACCAUUUCUUACAGCUAUAAUUUUGGAAUUUAUUUUUAAAAUCGUGUUUCUGUCCCAGAGGUCUUUAGGGUUAGACCAUGGCGUGGGUCCCUGAAGUGUAACAGCUUAGCUUUUGUCAUAAUUUUGGUAGCAUUUUGAUCAUAGUGACCACCUCAUCUAUAAUCCAUGUUUUCUCAGUCUCCUAAUAGGAUGGUGCUCUUUUGUUGAACAUAUUUUGGUUUAUUAUUUUUUAAACUAUAUUGAUUGUUUUAGUAGAGUAGUCUAACCUGGGAUAUUGAGGGAAUGAAGACUAGGUACUGCUGUAUCUGUGAGGUUGGCACAGGUGACUUUUCGACAUGCUCAGCUUAGUAAUUCUUAUAAAGGAAAAAACACAUGCCAAAACAAUGCAUACUUCAUAGACCACUGAGUUCUAGUUUUAAUUCACAGUACAACAUUCUCUUUAUUAAUUUUGCCUAUAUUCUCAAUUUCAUUUUAAUAAAAAUGAAAUUUGAGGAGAAUUCUGAUUGUAAUAGACCACAGUGCACAUGAUCUGCAGGUUUGGGCAUAUGCUUUCAUCGUUGAAUUAUCUGAUAAAGAGUUAUAAAAUGACAAAGGAGAAUGAGAACUUGAUGAUUCUACUGAAUUUAAUAUAUCAAGCAAGAAAAUAUACUAUUUACAUAUUUGUAGCUUAGCAGGGCAUUAUCAUAACUACAAAAACUAAGAAACAGAUGCAUAUUUCGUCAACAUAUUGUGUCAGGUAUACUGUUUUAUAGUUCUGUUGUUUUAGCCUUGUUGCACACCAACUCCCAAAAUAAGGUUCCUGUUCAAAAAAAAAAAAAAAAAAAACCGUGUGAUUUUUUUUUUUUUGAGUGGUAUAUGUUACUAAUCACCAUUAGCAUUUGCUGUUAUAAAAGGGCAAUGAUUAUAGUAGAAUAUUGUAACUCAGUAGACUUGUUGAAUAUGCAAACUUACUGUCAAGUGACCUCAAAAAAAGAAAAGAUAAAAUAUAUCAGUAGUUCUUAUCCUCUUUUGUAGGAAACCAAUAAUAAGCCAUUGCGGCAAUAAUUCAUCAGUUAAUUUCAAAGCUUCAUGUAAUGCAAAAAAAUCCUGCCGUUAUACAUGUGACAGUGACCUUGUGCUGAAAUUUCAGCUAUUCCAGGUAAACAUUGUAUAUUAUCUUGUAAAUUAAUGUUUAAAGGUAGUUUUGUUCUUAUAGAAAGUGUUGAUUGCCAGGUUGCUUAUAGCACUUUAAAUUAUUCUAAAAAUGAAAUUAUAAGCCAAAUAUGUUGGCUUAAGUAGAUUUAGUUGUAUAGUACUUGGAUAUAUUUAGAUCUUUUGAAAGUUUAGAUAAUUAUCUAAAGAAAGCAUAAUGCUAAUGAAAAAGAAAAUCUGAUAAUCUAUUUAAUAUGCUGUUGCCAAGUAUGAAUAGAAAUACAGGGCAUCAUUUCCUUGUUUAUGUAAAGCUCUCACUAAAAGUUACUACCAGUGUAUAGAUUAAAUGUUUACAAUAUAGGGAACUGUAAAUAAAUAUAUCAGUUUUUUUCCCCUUUGGUCUUCCACAGCAGUAUUAUUGUCUUUGUGGAGUUGACUAAUCAUAAAAAAAAUCCUGUAUUGGAUUUCAAUUACAAUAAGGUCAUAGUGGUGUAUACCAAAUAAAAUUAAAUACAUAAAUA